CAGCAAUUCCUUCCAGUAAUCAGUGAUUUCACCAAACCUUGCUCCUUCGCCAAAUCGUAUUCUCUAGCUUCUGGUUAGCCAGUUUCCGCACACUUUGCUACCGACUCGUCUGGUAACACUGAUUCCGGGCGAUACUUUCCAUGGUGCACUGACUGCCAGUCCCCUACGGCGUCGGCCUCACGUAACGGAUAGCCGUACCUGAUAGACCUUCGACCAUGGAUGCCAACCGCUCGCAGCAGCGCGCACCGCAAGCGUCCGUCACGGACCCGUUCUUCGACCUGCUUCAGCCGUCCGCUGCAGCCUCUAACCCCGCACCUUCCACUACCGCGUCGUCCGCUCUCACCAGCGGCUCUCCGCCGUCUAACGACUCCGCUCUGCCGUUCGUCCGCUCCCUCAGUCCUCCCGCCGAGAAGCCUGGUGACAAUAUCGGGGUUGGUGCUAACGGAAGUGGCGGCGGUCUUGGUGCUGGCUCUUCUGGCCUUGGGACUAGCUCCGGUGGUGGUGGUGGUGGCGGUGGCUCGUCUUUCGAUUUCCUCAAUCCUCAGAGACCAGCUCACUCCCAGCCUCAUCACCCCUCCCCCCCUCAUCCAUCCUUCUCCGCUGGGGACGGGGGAAUGGGGGGAGCGGGCGCGGGCGGAGGGGGGAUGGGAAGCGCUAGCAUGAGCGGGGGGGGUGUGGGAAGCGCGAGCAUGAGCGGAGGGGGUAUGGGAAGCGCGAGCAUGGGAGCGGGGGGAGGGGGGAUGCGCGCAGCAGCAACGGCGCGCGCGCCAGCGACAGCGGGGGACCUGGCGCAGAUAGCGGCGGAGCUGUCGACCAGCAUGGAGCGCCUGCUGCAUCGGUUCUCAGAGGGGGUCGCGGCGGCGCUGGGUGACGCGAGCAGCAGGGUGCGGCGGGUUGAGGCGGCCGUGGCAGCGCUGCAGGGCGCGGUGGACCGCUCUGCUGGGGAUGAUGGGGACAGGCAUGCGGAGCUGGACACGAGGCUGCGAUCUGUGGAAAACGUGUUGCUGGAGGUGCAGCGCAACCUGCAGGUGAUGAGGGACAAGCAGGAGCUCGCCGAGGCUCAGGCGGAACUCUCCAAGCUCAAGUUCCUCGCCCUGCCCGCCCCCCCCGCCACCGCUGCUGCUGCUGCUGCCACUGCGGCUCCCCCAGCACCAGCAGCUGCUGCUCCGCCGCCUGCGGUGGUAGAGGCAGCAGCACCAGCACCCUCUGCUGCGUCUGCCCCCCCUGCUCCUGUCCCCUCAGCCCCCCCUGAAGCCUCCGCCCCCCCUCCUCCUUCCCCCAGCCCCUGCCCCACGCCCCUUGCCCCUGUGCCUGCUCCUCCCCCUGCUCAGUACCAGAUUGCUGCUGCGCCAGCCCCACCACAGCUGCAGCAGCAGCAGCAGCCACAGCAGCAGCCGCAGCCUCAGCAACAGCCUCAGCAAAGCAUGGCUCCUCCUGCUCCAAUGUACCCCCAGCAACAGCAGCAGCAGCAGCAGCAGCAGCAGCAGCAGCCUUAUGCACCCCCCCCACCGGCUCCUGCUGGUGCCCCACCUCCCUACCCACAGCAGCAAGGUGGAUACGGCAUGCAGCCUCAGGGGCAGGCGCAGCAGCAGCAGCAACAGCAGUUGUCUCUGCCCCCGCCACCUCAACAGCAGCAGCAGCAGCAGCUGGCGCUGCCACCACCACCACCCCAGCAACAGCAGCAGCAGCAGCCGCCGCCGCAGCAGCAGCCUGGUCCACAGAUGUAUCAGUCAGCACCCCCAAUGCCCCAGCAGGCCCCCGCACCUUACAAUCCCCAGCAACCCGCCUCUUCCCCUUCUUCCUCCGCCCCCGCACCCCCCCCAUACGGCUCCAUGCCCUCCUCACAAGGCAUGUAUGACCCUGCUGCAGCUGCUGCUGCUGCUGCUGCCGCUGCAGGUGGCAUGUACUAUCAACAGAACGCCCCUCCUCCCAUGUCCCAACCACCGAUGCACCCUCAGAUGCCCCCUCCCCCAGGAGCACCCAUGCAGCCACAGCCUCUGCAGCAGCCCCCCCAGCAACCACCCCAGCAGUACAUGCAAGGGCCAUCCCCCCACCCCGCUCCCCCACCUGCCUACGGCGCUCCCCCUCCCCCCGCCCACCCCUCCCCCCAGCCCCCAGGCAUGUAUAGGGUGGCCCAGCCCCCCCCUCCGUCCAUCCCCCCUACUGCAGGCCCCGCUAGUGGUUACAGGCGUAUUCCUAUGGCUCAACCUGUGAGCGGCAGUGGCAGCGGCGGUGGGGGAGGGAGAGGCGGGAGCGGAGGGGGAGGAGGAGGGGGUGGAGGGGGUAGUGGGGGGGACACAGCAAGAGUGCCUUUGGAGAAGGUGGUUGAUGACGUGGCAGCUAUGGGAUUCCCUAGGGAUAAGGUGCGCAUGGUGGUGCAGCGGCUGAUGGAGAGGGGCAAGUCGGUGGACCUCAAUGCGGUCAUAGAUGAGGUGAUGAAUGGCGGGGGCGGGGGAGGGGGAGCAGGGGGUGGGGGGUGGUAUGGGCGGUGAGAGGAGAGAUGAAGCAUGAUGGUAGCUGAUGGAGAGGGGCAAGUCGGUGGGCCUGAAUGUGGUGAUUGAUGAGGUGAUGAAUGGGGGGGCGGGGGCGGGGGCGGGAGGUGGGGGUUGGUACGGCCGGUGAGUGGUGGAGCAAGUGUGAAGGUGGUGGCUGAUGGAGAGAGGCGAGUCGGUGGGCCUGAAUGUGGUCAUAGAUGAGGUGCCGCGGGGGUGGGGGUGAUGGGGGAAGAGGAGGGGUGGGGGGGGGAAGAGGAGGGGGUGGAGGUUGGUAUGGGCGGUGAGGGGUGGGAGUAGAUGGUGAGAGGUUGGGCAGACGCAGAUGUUGGUGAUCGUGCUGGUUGAGUGAGGAAACGUGGUGGUGCAGAGGCUGGUGGAGAGAGGCAAGUUGGUGGAUUCAAAUGCGGUGAUUGAUGAGGUGAUGUACGGAGGGGAUGGGGGAUGGGGAGGAUGAGAGGAGAGGGUGGGCAGAAAGGGGUGGGUGGGGCUGGUGCGCAUGGUGGUGCAGAUUCUAAUGGAGAGAGGCAAGCAGGUGGACCUGGAUGCGGUGAUUGAUGAGGUGAUGAACGAAGGGGGCGGGGGUGGAGGAGGGGGCGGGGGUGGGGGCGGGGGAGGGGGCGGGGGAGGGUGGUUCGCGGCGAGAGGUGGGUGGGAGUGAUGAGAUGAGUGAGUCAGAUCAGAUGGUGACAAGUGUAUGGAUGGAGGGGGGGGGGGGUGGCAGCAUGGCAUGCUGGUGAGGAGUAGGAGGGGUUUGAGGGGAGCAGCAGCGAGGACAGGGUUUGCAGUAUGUGGUGUGCGUGAUGGCGAGGGGAAUACUUGUGGAUAGGAUGAUGCAUUGAGAGAGACACAGUGAAGUGACAUGACAUGGUUGUGGUGAGAGCGAGAUUGGGCACGGGUACGUUUUUUGGAAUCAAGACUACCAGUUGAAAUUUAUGUUAUAUUCACCAAGGCAGAGGUGUGACUGUUUAUUGGCCUACAGUUUUUGUACCUAUCAGGAUGAAGCAUCCUGAUUGAUCUGUUAGCAUCAUACCUCAUGAUUUACACAUGAUUGCUCGCGGUUACCUAGGCAUCAGGUCAGGCUAUCUACCGGUACCAGGGAUCCCCAUUUAUAAUUCUAUACGGUAAUAGAGCCAAGCAUGACAUGGAUGGACCGAGCAGGGAGGAAGUGCCUCAAGGACUUGAGCGUUUCUGAAGUGUAAUACUACACUCGAGUAAAGCCGUAUCGGGUACGCGAGUCAACGGAGGUUACACGAGGAGGUUGGACGAAAGAACACGAAAGGACGAAAGACUUGAAGGGUCGCAACCGGAGGUUGCGACUGACCGUUACAACUGCAAUGGUGGUAACCGAAC